CCGCGGUCGCUCCCCGCGGCGGGGGCCGGGACGGGGUGUGGCGGUGCCGCCCGCCCCGCUCCGCUCCCCGCGGGUGUGAAGGAGGGGCGCAGCCCUCCCCCGGCGGCCGCCUUUCCCCCGCGGAGCCUGGUGGGGCCGGGCCGUGCGCGCUGCCCCCGCCCCGCACAGCCGCCAGCCGCCGCGGCGGCAUGAGGAUUAAGGCCGUCGGCGAGCGCGUAACGGGAGAAGCGGCCGGUCCCAUGGGCCGCGGGGCUCCCCGGGGCCGGCGGCUCUGAGCUGAGGUUUCUGCACUUGGGAAAUCUGAAGCAGUUCUCCUCAAACCAAACAGAGCUCAUAGGUUGCCAUGUUCAUGUUGCUUGUAUUUGGAUUGCUACUGGGAGAAAUUCUGGCAAAUUCCCAAGCUGCAAACGUUACUGAACUCAAAAGCAUUCGAGAAGAGCCAUUAUAUAGCUACAAAGCUAUCAAUUUACCAGAUGAGCAUAUUCCGUAUUUUCUACACAAUAAUCAGCAUAUUGCUGGCAUCUGUAAGCAGGACUCUCAUUGCCCAUAUAAAAAAUACUUGAAGAAGCUAAAAUCCUGCUGGGGUUAUGAGAAAUCUUGCAAAUCAGAUUACAGGUUCAGUUACCCAGUGUGUGAUUAUGUUGAAACUGGAUGGGCAAGUGACAUUGAGACAGCCCAACAGAUAUUCUGGAAACAAGCUGACUUCGGUUACAUUCAAGAGAGGCUCAAUGAAAUGAAAACCCAUUGUAAGCCUGCAGCAAGAGGAGAUUCAUCUCUGACCUGUUCUCAGUAUCUCCAGCAUUGCAGAGCAACAAACUUGUACAUUGAUUUACGAACUGUAAAGAGAAACCAUGACAGGUUCAAAGAAGACUUUUUCCAGAAGGGGGAAAUUGGAGGUCAUUGCACCCUCGAUGUUCAAGGAUUUUUGGCUGAAGGUCAGCGCAAGAGCCCGCUGCAGUCUUGGUUUGCAGAACUCCAGACAUUUACUGCAUUAGACUUCAAGCCCCUAGAAGAAGAGAAGUGUGAUGUUGUUGUUGAAAAGCCAACAUACUUCAUGAAAUUAGAUGCAGGUGUUAAUAUGUACCAUCACUUCUGUGAUUUCGUCAAUCUUUAUAUUACACAGCACAUCAAUAAUUCCUUCAGUACUGAUGUCAACAUAGUCAUGUGGGACACUAGCUCUUAUGGCUACGGUGACCUGUUCAGUGAGACGUGGAAGGCAUUUACUGACUAUGAAAUAAUACACUUGAAAACCUUUGACUCCAAAAGGGUAUGCUUUAAAGAAGCAGUCUUCUCAUUACUGCCUCGAAUGCGAUAUGGCUUGUUUUAUAACACACCAUUGAUAUCUGGCUGUCGUGGUACGGGGCUAUUUAGAGCAUUUUCUCAGCAUGUGUUACACAGGUUAAAUAUCACACAAGAAGGACCCAAGGAUGGGAAAAUUCGAGUCACAAUACUUGCACGCAGUACAGAUUACCGGAAAAUAUUAAACCAGAAUGAGCUUGUGAAUGCUUUGAAAACAGUAUCGACAUUGGAGGUCAGAGUGGUAGACUACAAAUACAAGGAACUUGAAUUUUCAGAGCAAUUGAGAAUCACCCACAAUUCUGAUAUAUUCAUUGGGAUGCAUGGAGCUGGACUUACCCAUCUGCUCUUUCUACCAGACUGGGCUGUUGUUUUUGAACUGUACAAUUGUGAAGAUGAACGUUGUUAUCUGGAUUUGGCAAGGCUGAGAGGCAUUCACUACAUCACUUGGCGAAAAAGGAAUAAAGUAUUCCCUCAGGAUCAGGGACACCACCCAACACUUGGAGAACAUCCAAAAUUUACAAACUACUCCUUUGAUGUGGAAGAAUUUAUGUACUUGGUGCUUCUGGCUGCAAAUCAUGUUUCACAGCAUUCCAAGUGGCCAUUUAGGGUAAAACAUGAUGAAUUCUGAAUUAGACUUCUGACUGAAAUAUUAUUUUUAAAUAAUGCUCCAUAAAAAUAUUGUAACAACAUAAAGCAAAAUGCUGGUGUGAGAUGUGUAAACCUCUACGAGGGAAAUAACCCAUUAUUAAUUUGUCAAAUCACUUCUUAGCACCAUACCUUAUCUUUAUAAUCCCUCUUUAAUUCCGGGAGUUUUUGAUAUGUAAAAGCUAUUUUUCAGAACUCUCUUUGGGUUUUGCGCUGUAUUUUUUGCAUUACAAAUUCUGAAAUACUUGUCUUCAUGCAAAGAUAUGUCCAUGCAUUUCACGUAAGAUUUUUCUGGGGUAGAUACUAAUCUUGUAAUAAUUUAUGCCUAUUGUUAUGUGAGGAAAUGCUGGAGGAUGGACAGUGUUACAGCCUCAUUUCUCAGUAUAGUCUUUCUGGGAAUGAAAUGGGUGUAUCAGAGCUCCUCAGUUCCUCUUUUUAAGAAGCUAGAUGCUUUUGUACGAUAGUCCUGUACCUGUCAGUAAAAGUCUGAAUAGGAAUUACCUUCCUAUUGUAAGACACUGCCCAGUAUGUCACUGCAACAUGAUGCAGUGGUUCCAGGGUGGCUUGUUAGUUCCUUUCCGCCACCACCCGUGUCAUUGCUGUGCUUGUCCCUGUGUUGUUUCUGUUUGAAGAUUUUCCUUCGUAAAAUAGUGGUUGUAAGAACAAAGUGGUUAAACAAGCUUUAACUUUUGUUGUUUGAUUCAACAGACACUGCAAACUUGUAUUUCAAGUUUUGAAAGUUUUCAAGUUAGAGAGCAGUGUCUUAACGUUUUUGCAUUUAAAUACAAACUUUGACUCUUCUCCGUGUCAUUUUAAAUUCUAAUAUAUAACAAGUCUUCUCAGUAGGUUAGGUCAUUCUUCUAUCUCAAGGCAGGUAAAUACUAGUGAAUACUAAAAAACUCAUGUAAUCUGGGUGUUUCCUACUUUUCCACAUAAAUCAGCACUCUGCAAUGGAAAACGUGAGCAAAUUGGAAUAAAACGAGUCUUUUUGAGGACGCUAAAGGGAACAGACUUCCAGAUUUUUGUGGCAAAUGAUAAGAUGUACAGGGUGUCUUUCAGUUGCAGCUGAAAGGAAAUAGAGUUGUGAGAAACCCUUUUCUUGGAGUUAUUAAAAGCCUAAUCUGUUAAUAUUCUUGUUUUCUCAAAAUAUUGAAGAGUCAAUCUAGAAAACUUUUGAAAAUCCUUCCAAAGCCGGUAGCAUAAUUCACGGUUUUCAGUGAAGGAAAUACUAAGCCAAAGGUGAGUUCUUUAUGAAAUUCCUCCUGGAGCUGACAUGUUGGUGCUAGUGGGGAGGGGGGGGAAGGGAGCAGUUCUGUUGUCUUAAGUGGUGCAGGAGGAUGUGUGGAAGAGUCAAGUUCAGUGAGAUAAAAAAACAGAGUUCUGUGUUAAAUUAUGGAAUUUUUUCAGAAUGUAUUCCCAUGAUAGGCUUUCAGUAUAAUCAUACAGUCUCAGUGGCUUGAAGCAGAACAUACGUUUGUAUGCAAAAGCUGGACAGUUACAGUAAAUGUAAACAUUUCACUGGUAUAAUUGUAGAUAUUAUUGACUUCCGUUCUCCAGCAGUCGUAGGCAAUUUCACAGAGUGUAGGUACGUUUACUGACCUGCCUAUACUGGUGAAGAUGAGUUACUGUAAGGAUAAUUUUCAUACAGAUCUCUCAUAACCUUAAGCAGUGUAUAGGAAAAGCUAGAUAGAGCUGAUACCUUAAUGUAUCUGGUGCAAUUCCUGGUGUAGUGGAUUGGUUUACUGAUGGAUAAAACUGUUUAAAGAACCAUACAAGCAAAAUUGCACUUCUUGACAAAGGGGGGAAAAAACCCUCCAGAAAUAGUUUCCUGUUUUUGUGUCUGUGUGUGUGUCGGGUUUUUUUUACCUUGCAGGAUUUUUUAAGAAAAAAAAACCUGUAAAACUUAAGUCAAUACAAUGUCUGAGUUUGAAUGAAACCAGCUCAAAAUAAAGAAGACAUUUAACUAUGAACUGUGCUCAGAUAUUUGAUAAUGUUUUUAAUAAAGUGUUAAAUUUUUGGUCAUAGUUUGCCAGGUUUUAGAGGCAAAUUGAUUUACUCUAUUAACUGCAUAGCAUCAUGCGUCUUCGCUUUUUCCUGCCACGACAACCUGAAGUUCUGAGGUCCAAACUGAUACUCUAAUUUACUUAUCUGGGAAUCAUUCAGAGACAAUCUUGCACUGAUGGCUUUGUUGCCAGGCAUUUUAAGGCUGGUUUGUGAAAACAUUUGUGUAUGUUUAAUUUUGUGCGCUGCAGAGGAUGUGUGCAAAUGCAGGCAUGUGCUUGAAUCUGUACAGAAGGACCUAAUGAGGAGCUUCUCUUUCAAGCUGUGUUAGGACUCAUUAAAACAAGUGGUCGAACAUACGCCUGAAUGUGUGGAGGAGAGGCUGUGGGGACUUAAUCCAAGGGCAAAAUAUCCUGCCAACAUUCACCAGUUUCAGCACAUUUGAGUGCCGUGUCAACAGUUGAUAGCCAACACGUUCUUCAGCAUUUAUGGCUUAAUGUAACUGGCAUGAAGACACUGUUUUGGUUGAUUAGCUUUACAAACAGUUGCAAAAUCAUCUUGGCAGCAGAAGGAGGUUCAGUUGGAUUAAUGGGAUUUUGCCAAUAAAUCCUGAGAGAGAGUUUGGACAACAGCAAAGAUUUGGCUCCUGACUUUCUUAAAGAGAGGAUCUGGGCCAUCUCUUUCUGCUCGGAGAUGGGAAUUUGAGGGAAUCAGUGAGACUUUUGGGCUACUUGUUCUUUAGGCAGGGUAUUGCUCUGGAUUAUAUUGUCCUAGCAGGCUACAGCAAUACUGUUCCUUGCUACUUCUGUGUGGGUUUUUGUUUUUGUUUUUAGUUUUGGGUUUUUUUUUUAAUGGGUCUCUCCGGUUUACUUGUGUUUAACUGGCAUGUUGGUGUCAGUGUGAUGAAUUUAGUUUUUGGACGUAAUGGACGUUGCCAAUCCUGAAUGCUUACAGGAUUGUCUGUGUUUCAUGUACAAUGUAAACUGAGAGGAGGAUUUGAAAUAAAUAAUUUAUGGAUGUA